AAAUAUAAAAAAUUUCCUUUUUACACUUUUUGUAGUACGACACAACUACCUUAAUACUACAAUCUAUCUGUACGACAUUUGACACCGCAAGAGACAACAGUGUACCUAUGUGUUGUUGUUGGAUUUUGCAAUGUACUUUUGUUUUUCUUUUCCAAUGUACUACAAAUCUUGAUUUGAGAUUGAUUGAUAUAUUUGAUAAAAGUUUGGUGGGUUUUUGAGGUUCUUAUUAUCUCACUCAUCUUCUUUGAGUUUCAUCAAUCUCUUGUCUUGUUCAUUGCUGCAAAUUAAGAUUGAUUCACUUAUUAGAUAAUUCCAAUGGGCAAUAUAAGCAAUGAAGAACAAGAACUCGAAGAGAUUGAGAAUUUAGAGAGAGAAGACAUAGAAAAAGUUGGAGUUGAUGUAGAAGAUACAAGUGGAAUAGCACCAUGGACAAAACAGAUCACAAUUAGGGGACUAAUUGCUAGCAUCCUUCUUGGCAUAGUUUAUAGUAUCAUUGUUAUGAAGCUGAACCUCACAACUGGUUUAGUCCCUAAUCUCAAUGUUUCUGUUGCACUUCUUGGCUUUGUGUUCAUUAAACUUUGGACUAAGAUUCUUGAGAAAGCAAAUAUUGUUUCAAUACCUUUCACUAGACAGGAAAAUACCUUAAUUCAGACUUGUGCUGUUGCAUGCUACAGUGCAUCUUUUGGCGGUGGUUUCGGAUCUCAUCUGUUGGGUUUGAAUAGGGCGACAUAUGAGCGAGUUGGGGGGGCUAGUACACCAGGGAAUACUCCUGACACCAAGGAGCCUGCCAUUGGCUGGAUGACCAGCUUUCUCUUUGUUACUUACUUUGUUGGGCUAACAGCACUAAUUCCCUUUAGAAAGAUGAUGAUAAUUGACUCUAAAUUACCUUAUCCAAGCGGAACAGCUACAGGUGUUCUUAUUAAUGGAUUCCAUACUCCUAAAGGAAAUGUCAUGGCCAAGAAGCAGGUUAAGGGUUUCACGCAAUUCUUCUCACUCAGUUUGCUUUGGUCUUUCUUCCAAUGGUUCUAUGCUGGUGGAGACCAAUGCGGAUUUGGUCAGUUUCCUACUUUCGGGUUGAAAGCGUGGAAAAACACAUUUUACUUUGAUUUCAGCAUGACUUAUGUUGGAGCAGGAAUGAUCUGUUCUCAUCUUGUCAAUUUAUCAUUGCUUUUCGGUGCUGUGGUUUCAUGGGGCAUUAUGUGGCCAUUGAUCAGAGUACUUAAAGGAAGUUGGUUCCCUGAAAAUUUACCGGAGAGUAGCAUGAAGAGUCUUACUGGUUAUAAGGUUUUUAUUUCCAUUGCAUUAAUCCUUGGUGAUGGACUCUACAAUUUUAUCAAAAUUAUAUAUUUUAGUGCCUUGAAUUUUCAGGCCUGCAUGAAAAAGAGGAAUCACAAUGCAGCUCCAUUUACAGAUAAUAACCAGGACCAGACUCUAGACGAUCUUACACGCGAUGAAUUCUUUCUAAAAGAAAGCAUUCCAAUAUGGGUAGCAUGUGUAGGAUAUGCAGUACUCACCAUAAUUUCAAUCAUUGUUAUCCCUCUCAUAUUCCCACAAGUGAAGUGGUACUUUGUGGUGGUAGCUUAUCUCCUAGCACCAAUUCUCGGCUUCUGCAAUGCUUAUGGUUCUGGUUUAACUGACCAGAACAUGGCUUAUAAUUAUGGAAAAGUAGCACUUUUCAUUCUUGCAGCCUUAGGAGGAAAAAAUAAUGGUGUUGUUGCUGGACUUGUAGCAUGUGGACUAAUAAAAUCACUUGCUUCAACUUCAUCUGACUUAAUGCAAGAUUUCAAAACUAGUUAUUUAACUCUAACUUCACCGCGAUCAAUGCUUGUAGCACAAGCAAUUGGUACAGCAACAGGUUGUGUUGUGGCACCACUCACAUUCUUUAUUUUCUACAGUACAAACAAUGUUGGUGACCCUAAUGGUCCAUUCAAAGCACCUUAUGCUAUCAUAUACAGAAACAUGGCAAUUCUUGGUGUUGAAGGCUUUUCAGCACUUCCAAACCAUUGCUUGCAAUUCUGUUUUGGGUUUUUUGCAUUUGCUUUGUUGGCUAACUUAUUGAGAGAUUUGAAUCCAAAAAAUAUUGGGAAAUGGGUCCCACUUCCAAUGGCAAUGGCUGUACCUUUUAUUGUUGGUGCUUACUUUGCAGUUGAUAUGUGUGUUGGGAGUUUGAUAGUUUUUGUUUGGACUUGGAUGAAAAGAAAAGAAGCAGGUUUGAUGGUUCCAGCUGUUGCUUCUGGUUUGAUUUGUGGAGAUGGGAUAUGGGUUCUUCCUUCAGCUCUUCUUGCUUGGUUUAAGAUUCAUCCACCAAUGUGUAUGAGCUUUUCUGCAUAUAAGUAGAAUCUUGCAGAACUUUAGAGGAAAUAGGUGUAGUAAAAUCUUGUUAUGACUGUUAUUAGUUAGUACAUGGUUCAUAGAUAUCUUUUU